CGAACACCGCUAUCUUGGGCUGCCCAAGAUGGUCGGGCAGUCAUUGUCAAGCUGCUUCUCCAGACGGGGACGACCGUCAAUAACGUGGAUGGGGAGGGCCGAACGCCACUUUCACGGGCCUCAGAGACCGGCCACGAGGCGGUAGCGAGGCUGCUUAUCGACGAGGGAGCGGACGUGAACACCAGCGACAAAGAUAGAUGUACACCACUCUUACGGGCCUUAGAGAAGGGCCACGAGGUGGUAGCGAGGCUUCUUAUUGGACGA